CUCCCCUCACACUGCUCACAUCACGAGGGAGGAAAAAUGGCAUCUCUGGAGCGCGUUCGCCACUCGUAAAAAUCCACAACGAUGUUCGUCUGAACAUGGAAUUAAUUUCAGUUUCAUAUGAGCACAAGUCGCCACAUGUAAACGCCCCUCAGCUGGCCGAGCCUUUGAGAAAGCUGCGCUGCCCACCAUCCGCGGACCGGUGUCGCGUCGCUUCAUCAUCCAUCUAAAUCUGAACGCUUUUUUCUGAAAUCUUUAUGUUUUGUGAUUCUCCACAUCUGAAAAUCGGGCCGUGCUGAGAGUAAAUGCGCCGCUGAUUGUCCGGAGACACACCGCGCCGCCUCCGCUUCGUGAAUUCAUUCAUUCGUGCUGGAGAAAACGGUAAAAUGAGUGAACAGAGUAUCUGCCAGGCCCGGGCCUCGGUGAUGAUCUACGAUGACACCAGCAAGAAGUGGGUGCCCAUCAAGCCGGGCCAGCAGGGAUUCAGCCGUAUCAACAUCUACCACAACACGGCUAACAACACCUUCCGCGUGGUGGGAGUCAAACUGCAGGACCAGCAGGUUGUGAUAAACUACUCCAUAGUGAAGGGUCUGAAAUAUAACCAGGCCACACCAACCUUCCACCAGUGGCGUGAUGCCAGGCAAGUCUAUGGACUCAACUUCGCCAGCAAAGAGGAGGCCAGCACCUUCUCCACUGCCAUGCUUUUCGCCCUCAACGUCCUCAGCUCACAAGACGCAGGUCCAGGUGGCCAUCGGCAGAAUGGACCGGUGACAGAUGACACAGAUGCCCAGAGGAGGCAGAUGAUGGAGCAGCAUCAGAUGCAGCUGGAACGGGAGCGACGAACAUCUGGCUCAGCAGUCUCCACCCUUCAGUUUAAAGUGUCUGCCUCUCAGUCUGAUGCCCCGCCGGCAGAGUACAGGCAGUAUCGCGCCAACACUCUCCCCCCUUCCUACACUCGCCUCAACCCCUCCCCUCCUUCCUCUAGCUCCUCCUCUUCCUCUCAGGAGCGUGAGAGCAGCUAUCGCACGGUGGACUCCUCCGCUCAGAAAAAGGCUCAGCAGCUUUCACAGCUCUCCACCUCCCUGGCCUCGGCCUUCUCCCCUGUGCAGCCAGGGGGCACUCCUGUGCCGGCCCGCAAUGUGCGGCAGAUCCCCCUCUCUCCCCCCACCUCCUCCCGUCAGCCAGAUCCCAAACACGGCACGUGGUCCUCUGCCCACAUGUAUGCCCCGUUGCCCACCUCUUCGCCCCCUGUAGUCAUGCCCAUGCCCCUCAAGCAGCCCGUGUUACCCGUGGCCCUCCCUUUGCCACCUGUCAAUAACGGCCGCCCCAAAGCACCUGCCCACUUUGACCCCACCCCCCUUCCACAGCAGCAUCCCUCCAGCCAGCCGGAGGACUGCUACCCCUUCCAGUCUCCACCCCCACAGGGUCCGCCUCGUCAGACCACCUCCUCAUCUGGGGCUCCUCCCCCUCACCCCUACUGCUACCAACCAGAGCCCUCCUACCCUGCCUACUCCGAGGCUGUCUCCCUGCCUUCCCACAUUGGUCAAGUUCAAGGCCACGCCCACCAGCUGCAGUUCACCUCCUCCUUCCACCAACAGCCACAGUAUCAGGCCACGCCCCCCACUGACACCACGCUUCCCUCUUAUACCUCUGUGUCUGAGAGGCCCUCGACACCCCCUCCUGUCUCUCUGGCUACCAGUCCCCCUCUUCCUCCAGGACAUCCCUCUAUGCUCUCCUCCACUCCCCCUCUUCAUCCCCCUGCUGCUGCACCUAUGGCCGGUCCUCCAGCUCCUCCUCCUCCGCCUGGACCUCCUCCUCCGGCCACUGCGCCUCCUCCUACCCCACCUCCUCUCCCAGGUAGCGGUGUUCCUGCACCCUCAGGCCUGGCUGCGGCUCUGGCUGGGGCCAAACUCCGCAAAGUUCAACGGCCAGAGGAGAGCAGUGCCAAGAAUGAUGCCAACCGCUCCAGUGGAGGAAGUGGAGGAGGAGGAGAGGGGCUCAUGCAGGAGAUGAACGCUCUGUUAGCACGAAGGAGGAAAGCUUCAGAGAAGCCAGAAGAAGGUCAAAAUGAAGAGUCCAACGGCUCACCUGCCUCACGUGGUUCAGAUGCUGUGAAGAAGCCAUGGGAACGAGCAAACUCUUCAGACAAAUCCUCUGCUGGGUCAAGGGUGAGACCUAUUGGCAGCACCAGUGAUGCAGAGUCAGGAGACUUUGACAGAAUGAAACAGGAGAUCUUGGAGGAGGUUGUGCGUGAACUGCAUAAAGUCAAAGAUGAAAUCAUUGAUGCCAUUAGACGAGAACUCACUCGGAUGGGCACUACAUAGUGUUUACAAGCAUCACUGACAGAAGGUUCUUGGGGAAGUUCAGAAAAGAUCCUGCGGCGCGCUUUGAAGGAAUGUUCUCGCAACAUAGCUGCAACGGCAAGGAAACGUUGCUAUGAGGUUGCAGAAAUGUUGCGUCAACGAGGAGCAUUACAGAACGGGACAAGAGAAAGCAGAGAAAUGGAAGUGAGUGAGAGUGAGUGGUUGUAUGCAUGGAUGGGUGGAUGGAUGGAUGGAUGGGUGGACAGACCUUCACACUGAAUUUUUCUAUUUUCUCCUGUAUGAACAUUAAAAGACUCAGCCCACUGUGCAGUUUGCUGCUCUCAGUCUUUCAAGUCUUAAAAGAGAAAGUUGACUAGUUGGAACUUGAUGAAGAUAUUUUUGUUUUAUACUGUUUUAUUGUGUCAUUGACCAUUACUAUUAUUGUUAAAAUAAUUUUAUUAUUGGUGGUACACAGAGAGAAAGAGAUACAAAGAUGCUCACCAUUUAUGUCAGCCUUUUAUAUUUUAUUACUUUCUUCAUUCUUUGGUUUUUGAUAAGCACAUUGAGCACACUCUUGUGCUGAACUGUCACCAAACCGCAUCAGAGUUUUCUAGUUUGUUUUUUUUGCCAAUACAGGUGUAUAAGUUCACUGGAUUUUUUAGCUUGAAUUUGACUUGGUGUGAGAUAAUUGAUGGCGGUUGCCCUUUGAAUGACUCCUGAGAGAUGUAAUUGUAGCUAUAGCCCUAUGAGAUGGCAGUUUUUGAAAACUCUUCAUUUGCUCAAAGAAUUGGUUGAAAUGUUGGGUCCUACAGUAUAUCCUAUUAGGUUACUCAUUUUAAAAGUUGACAUUGAAAUGACCUUUGAAUAAAACUAAUAACACUGAAUCUA